UGUCCUGGGAGAGGACCAUUUUUGGCUCAGCCAUGAAUAACUGUGUGCUCCUGGAGGAACUGCUGAUCAAAAAAUCCCAGCAGAAGAGGAGGACUUCACCCUCCAACUUUAAAGUGCGCUUCUUUGUCUUGACCAAAUCCAAGUUGGCUUACUAUGAACAUCGCCACGGGAAAAAAAGAACUUUGAAGGGUUCUGUGGAACUUUCCAGGAUUAAAUGUGUGGAAAUUGUGAAAAGUGACAUCAUGAUUCCCUGCCAGUAUAAAUAUCCUUUCCAGAUCAUCCAUGACAACUACAUACUCUAUGUGUUUGCACCCAACCGUGAGAGCCGGCAGAAAUGGGUCUUUACACUGAAGGAAGAAACCAGAAACAACAACAGUCUGGCUUCAAAGUGCCACCCAGAUUUUUGGAUAGAUGGCAAGUGGAGAUGCUGUGCUCAGACAGAGAAGAUGGCAGCUGGCUGUGUGGAGUAUGAUCCCACCAAAACUGCCUCAAAGAAGCCUCUUCCUCCCACUCCUGAAGAUAACUGGGUGAGUGCAAAAUCGUUGCUAGACCCAAAGGAAGCCUUAGUUAUAGCCAUAUAUGACUAUGAAGCCCAGAAUCCACAGGAGCUGACGUUACAAUAUAAUGAGGAAUAUUAUGUGAUUGACAGCUCUGAGGAACAUUGGUGGCUGAUUCAAGACAAGAAUGGGCACGAAGGCUACGUGCCAAGUAGCUACCUGGUGGAAAAAUCACCCGAGAACCUGCAGAUCUAUGAGUGGUACAAUAAGAACAUCAGCAGAAGCAAAGCAGAAGCUCUCCUCAAGGAUGAGGGUAGGGAAGGUGCCUUCAUGGUGAGGGAUUCAAGGCAGCCUGGCAUGUACACAGUCUCUGUUUUCACCAAAGCAUUAAGCACUGAUAACAAUCCUGUGAUAAAGCAUUAUCACAUCAAUGAGACAACAGACUUUCCCAAGCGAUAUUACUUGGCAGAAAAGCAUGUGUUUGACAGCAUCCCUGAGCUCAUCAACUAUCACCAGCACAAUGCAGGAGGUCUUGUCACCCGUUUACGAUACGCAGUCUCUUCUUGGAGAAAAAAAGCCCCAAUCACUGCUGGGCUGAGCUAUGGAAAAUUGGUUAUUAACCCCUCUGAGCUCACCCGUGUACAGGAGGUUGGCAGUGGUCAGUUUGGGGUUGUCUACCUUGGCUACUUGCUGGACAAGACAAAAGUAGCCAUAAAGACCAUUCGUGAAGGAGCAAUGUCUGAAGAAGAUUUUGUAGAGGAAGCUAAAGUCUUGAUGAAGCUGUCUCACCCCAAGCUAGUCCAGCUUUAUGGUGUGUGCUUUGAGAAUGCUCCCAUCUGCCUGGUGUUUGAGUUCAUGGAGAACGGCUGCUUAUCCGACUACCUCAGGAGCCAGCGGGGCAGUUUUACCAAGGAAACCCUGCUGGGCAUGUGCCAAGAUGUGUGUGAAGGAAUGGCUUAUCUGGAACAAAACUCUGUCAUCCACAGAGAUCUGGCUGCUAGGAACUGCCUGGUGGGGGAAUCCCAUGUGGUCAAAGUGUCCGACUUCGGGAUGUCGAGGAUUGUCCUUGAUGAUCAGUACACUAGCUCCACAGGUACCAAGUUUCCAGUCAAGUGGUCUGCUCCAGAGGUUUUCUCCUACAGCAACUAUAGCACCAAAUCUGACGUUUGGUCAUUUGGAGUGCUGAUGUGGGAGGUCUUCAGUGAAGGCAAAAUCCCCUAUGAGAAUCGCACCAAUGCAGAAGUGGUGGAAGAAAUCAAUGCAGGAUUUCGGCUUUACAAACCCAAGUUGGCCUCCAAGGCAAUUUAUGAGGUCAUGAGCCACUGCUGGAGGAUGAGGAAAGAUGACCGGCCGUCCUUUUCUCUUCUGCUCUAUCAGCUGAGUGAAAUCUCUGAGCUUGAUCUGUAAUCAUAGCACCGGCUGUUAAGUGAAGCUAAAAGAGUCCUGAGAGGGCAGAUGAUGGCUGGAUUUUCCCCACACAAAGCAUUAACAGGAAUCCUCUCACUAUAGACACUUGCCAUGUGCCUGGAGACAAAGAGAGGGCAGAGGCUGGUACUAUCAGACAGACAAGGUAUCCCCAGGUCUUCCAAAGCUUAGACAGACACAGACUUUGGUUUGGCCAAGAAUGAGG